AAUGUAAACAAGAGCAGCGAGGGAGCAGCUGGAGUGAGGCAGUCAGCUGAUCCCAAUUCCCGGCCUAUUUUGACCCUCAUUUCACCACUAUGACGAUACCUGGCGCUUGAGGGACCUCGAAAUCACCUCCACUCUCCCAGGCUCACCAUAAAAGAGGAUUGUGUAGGAUGCGAGUGGUGGGGCUGGUGUCGGGGGGGAAAGACAGCUGCUUCAAUCUGCUCCAGUGUGUGGCUGCAGGACACCAGGUGGUUGCCUUGGCCAACCUUGCACCCAACCACACAGAUGAGUUGGACAGCUACAUGUACCAGAGCGUGGGUCACAUGGGGGUGGAGAUGUACGCGGAGGCUGUGGGUGUGCCUCUUUUCCGCCGGGUGAUCCAAGGCUCCUCCCUCAACACCACCUCCAUCACCUACAACCCCACAGAAGGAGAUGAAGUGGAGGAUCUUUAUCUGCUCCUCAAGGAAGUGCAGGAGAAGUGCGAGGUGGAUGCAGUCAGUGUUGGUGCAGUGUUAUCGGAUUACCAGCGUGUCAGAGUGGAGAAUGUGUGCAGCCGGCUGGGUCUGGUGUGUCUGGCCUACAUGUGGCGGAGGGACCAGUCUGAGCUGCUGCAGGAGAUGGUGGCGUGUGGGCUGGACGCAAUACUCAUCAAGGUGGCUGCCAUCGGUCUGCACCCUCGCAAACACCUCGGGAAGUCCAUCUCGCAAAUGAUGUCCUACUUAGAAAAAAUGAAGGAGAAGUACCAUGUCAACGUGUGUGGGGAGGGCGGGGAGUACGAGACAUUCACCCUGGACUGUCCUCUCUUCAGGAAACGCAUUGUGGUCCACAAGACCGAGAUGGUGGAGACGCCUGGUGAUGUCGGCUACCUUAACUUGACUGACCUGGAGCUUGUCAGUAAAGAUAUACCUGAGGGCACGAGCCAGCAGGAGAUGGUGAGGGCGUCAGGUCUCCGCACUCCUGAAGACUUCCUGUCCGACCUGAAGCUGGCGGAGGAGGAGCAGCAGGCGGAGGACCAGGCCAAGGAGAGACACAUUGAGGACGAGUGUGAUAAUGCUGCCCUCAGCGGUGAGGAGGAGGAGGCCUGGGAGGGAGAGGGAGACCACUACCCGCUAGUUCGCACCCCCACUGGAUUCUCCUUCAUCUCCACCAUCUCCUCUGCCUCUGCUGAAGAUGCUCUACUGAAGCUAAAAGAGCUCCUGGCGGGGGAGGAUAUGGCAGUGCGGCACGUGGUGAGCGUCAAGAUGUACGUACAAGACAUGAGUGAUUAUGCCCAGCUCAAUAACCAGUAUAUCAGACACUUCUCUGUCAACCCUCCUGUUAGAGUUUGUGUAGAGGUCCCACUGCCAAGCCAGGUGAGGGUACAGCUGGAUGUGUGUGCGUGGAGGCAGAGUCACGUCACCACAGAGGAGGAGGAGGGGGAUCAGCUGCACCCUGCCUCCCGCACCACCAUGCAUGUCCAGGGAAUCUCUCACUGGGCCCCGGCGAAUAUUGGGCCCUACAGUCAGGCAGUAAAGGUGGGUGGUGUGGUGGUGGUGGCCGGCAUGAUAGGGAUGGUGCCGGGGACGAUGCAGGUGGUGGCGGGCGGCGUGGAGGUCCAGGCUAGACUUGCCCUUCGCCAUGUGUCUCGAGUCAUCACUGCCGUCGUGCCCACCUCAGAUAUCAGGGCUGUGGUGCAGGGUGUGUGCUUUGUGACGCGGCUAUCAGAUGUGGGUGUGGCGCGUCGCAUGAUGGCCCGCCUUAGUGAAUCACAGAUCUCUACCUAUGUGGUGGUGCCGGCCCUGCCCCGCGGUGCCCUGGUGGAGUGGCAGACCUGGGCGUGUGUGGAGAAUAACAAGUUUGAGUAUGAGGAGAAGGGCUACACGAGGGGCAACGUCAAUGUGCGGCUGCGGCGGCGGUGGUACCAUGACAACUCUGUGUGUGCUGUCAACACUGUGGCGAGCUGUUUUUCCUGGGAGGACUUGACACUGGAGAUUCUGGAGGAGGUGAUUCAGUACACACUCACCAAGGCUGACACCUGUACGCCGCUCAGCCUCAUCCUCUACUACAGGAGUGGCCGCCUCUCCCGCACCCUCCUGCAGCAGGCCAUCACUGCCGCCGUGCCCCAGGAGUUGGUGGCAGUGUCCCUGGUGCCGGUGCUGGCGGUGGAGGAUAAGCACACACUCCUUGCCCUUGCUGCGACUCGCCAUUAAUCGCCUCAAGCCACUUAUAGUUUUUCUUCUGUUAUUUUCAUUAUCUUCAUCUUUUCCUUUAUAUUUUUCUUGUUUCUGUUCUUCCUUUUUUUUCUGUUUGUCUGGUCUCUUUUUUCUUUUUGUUAUUUUUAUCUCUCCUUUUUUUUUCGUUAUUUCUUUUUGUCUGCCUCUCUUAUAUCUUCAUGCUUCUAUUUUCUCUUUAUCUUUCUGUAUUCUUCCUUUUUUUUCCAUUGUUUCUCUUGUCACUCAUGUAUUUUUUUUUCUCAUGUUUAUCUAUCUUUCAUUUUCUUUCCAUGUUUCUCUUAGUGUCACUCUUACAUCUAUUUAUUUAUUUGUUUUUCAUUAUCUUUAUCAGUCCUUAGUUAUUUCAAUGUUUCUGUAUUAUUAUCAUGUUUUUUUUGCUUUCAUUUUUAUUAUAUCUUUUGCUUGCUUCCUUGUUUCUAUCCUUUAUUUUGUCUUUUUGCUUCCUUCCACCAUUCCCUCAUGCAUUCCUCGUUCUCAUUCUUUUUUACCCCUCGGCAUGUCUUCCUGCUUCUUUUCAAGCAUUUCACUCUGUUUUCCUCCUCGCUAUUGGUUGCUAUCCUUUGUUUUACGUUUCGACUUCCCUUUUUUAUCCCUCUUUAUCCUUUUAUCACCUCUUGCUCUUACACCAUCCUUCUCUUCCUCCUUAUCACCUUGUUAUUCAGUUUUCUUCUCACUUUCUCUCUAUAGCAUCACUCUCCUGCCCUCCAUCUAGUCAUGAACCACACUCCUCCACUCCCAACUCCUCUCUCACUCCUCUCUCGGCCACUCCUCUUUCUCUUUCCACUACGACAGAAACUAUUGCUCUUUUUGUCAUUCCCCUGUGUUUUUUCCCUCUUCCAUUUAUAUGUGUCCUUUUUUCAGGUCUCAUUUUUUCUUCUUUGGCUGUCCAUCUUUAUUCUUUUCUUAAUUAUUGCAGUGUUCUUUUCUUCUACUUAUGUUAUCUUUGUUUCUAUUUCUUCUAAGUGACUCCUCACCUCUCUAGUUUAUUUCAUCCUUUAUUUAGUUACUCUACUGUUUUUCUCCUCCUCUUUCUCUCCUCCAACUGACUACACUCCUUUCUUUGUGACUCUAUCUUCUUUUUCCUCACUUCAUUAUAAUUUACACCUUUCUUUUCCUCUUCCUUUGAUUGGCUCUCAGUGUGUGUAUUGCUUGUCAUUCCAGUCUCUCUCCUCCUUUGAUUAACUGUUCUUUUCCAGUCACUCUUCUCAUUCUCUUUUGGCAGUCUCUUCUCAGUCAGUCCAAUUCACUUCUUCACUCUUCCCUCUCGGUCUCCUCUAGCUAACUGUACAUUCUCAAGUCAGUACACUGCCUUUCUCUUCUCACUGCCUACAUUUGCCCUAGUCACUCCCCUGUUCUUCCCUCCUGUCUCCCUAUCCACUAUUACAGACACUAAAACCUCCUUCUCUUGUGUGUCAUCCUCUGAUCUGUGCUGCAAAGUGCUGUCAUCACCACCACCACCACCACCACCACCAACACCACUGUCACCGCCAUUACCACAAGGAUCUCUUCAGCUGCCACCUCCACCACCUGCUCCUGCUGUGAUGAACACCUCCCCACACACCCAAUGCCAAAGAGAGGGAGUGCAGAGACAAGAGAGAGACUGAGAGUGAGAGAGUGAGUUACAGAGAUGUUAGAAAAUGUGUGAUGCCGGAAGAGUUAAUGUUUAAUAGCACCGAGAGAGAGUGAGAGAGAGACUAGCAUUGAAACUUAAGAAACACCAUCACUAUUAUUACUACUACUACUACUAUUACGUACUACACUUCAGCUACUACCACUACCAAUGUUACUACUGUGUUAUCAUUACCAACUGAGCCAGACUUUUCAUAAUCUGGUCUGCAGUUCGAAAAAAAAGUGUGAAUUAUUAUCAUCAUUAUCAUAUUGCUGCUUGUAACUAGUCUUAUAUAUAUAUUUUCACCAACUAGCAGGGAUAAACCUUCCAGAAAUGCAUCCAGUUUCAAUAUUACCGGGUGUUUACUGGGAAUAUUUGAUGAUAAGUUGCGAGAUAGAUGAGAUGGAAUGCAGAAUUAAUAUAUGAGGUAGUAUUUGUGACUAGGAGACUGCCAUGCGUUAUAAUAUGUCAUGAACAGUAUUAUACUUGCUUUCUGUGGCUGUGUGAGUGUGUGGCAGGGAGGAGGAAUGAUUGAUUGAGUGAUUAAACAAAGGAAGGGUUGGUAAUGAUGAAAUAUUGUUGGAAAGUGAAUAGAAUGAUGAGUAUUGGGAAAAUGUAUGAGUGACAGAUGAGUUAAGUUUUUGAAGAGUUGAUUGUAGUAAAAUGUUCUUGUGUGAGUGAAGAAUAUAUGAAUAGAAACUUGUAUAAGGUGAAUGAAAGAAGGAAGGAAGGAUGAGUAGAUAGUAAUGAAAUGUUUUUGUCUUGAAGGAGAUCAGAAAAGAAGAAUAGAUCAGAUGAAUGAAAGAAGAGAGGAGAGUGUAUCACAUUUAACACAUGAAGGAAGCAAAUGCUGGUAGUGAUAAAGAUAAUGAUGGAAAAACUGUGUUAUGAAAGUGAGAAAGAAAAUUAGUGGACAUGAUGGUGAUGAAUUAUUGACUGAAUUAAAGAAAUAUAUGAAUGAAAGAAAGAAAAUCAAGUGAGAAAUAAAGGUAAAGAUGAUUGUGAAGAAUUAAAAGUUGUAUUUGUGUAUGUAUUGCUAAAGAUACUUAAGACAUUGUUAUAAGGAGAAAGCCACCUCCCAUACAGGGAAAACCCAUCGAAUAAAAGUGAUAAAGUGAAAAAUAGAAAAGAUAUUAAGAUACAUUGAAAAUAUAAUAAAUAGAAGAAGAAUUGAGAUGAACUGGGAGAAAUUGACUAUAUAAAUAGGUUUAUAGUAAAUUAAAAGUGAUUGAUGUGAGUGAAUGGAUGAGAGAGAGAGAGAGAGAGAGAGAGAGAGAGAGAGAGAGAGAGAGAGAGAGAGAGAGAGAGAGAGAGACUUUCAUUAAUAUUUCUCCUCGUGUUCGUUGAAGCCAUGAUGGUGUAUAAUUUUGUUUAUUUUGUACAUUUAACUCAGCCUCUGCCCACUGAGUUUAAGAAAUUAAAAAAAGCAGAUUAAGCUUCACUAAACUACACAACUAGAUUUAUAGAACAAAAAAUCUUGAGAGAAAGAGAGAGCAUGCAUUUCAACGCACAACUAAACGAUAAAAUAAAUUGCAUCUGCAUAAUUCCCCCUUCAAAAAAUGCCUGCUACUCUGAAAUUGUGUUUUUCGGCAGCCAUUUAGACUUGCUCAACAGUGUGGCAAGGCUGUGGGGUCUGUGAGAAAGCCAGGCACUGUAGGUGGAGUGGCACUGGGCUGCCUCACACUGGCACUCUUGAAUACUGGACUGUGGAACCCUAAACAUCCUUCCUUUUUUCUUGCUGUAGGAUCCUCUUCCAAGUCCCAACUCUCUUGAGGAUGUGAGAUUAGAGAAUUUGUCACUACAUACCUGAAUGAAAUGUUUGAUGUGCUUUGAGUUAGGUUUGUGUUGAUUUUGAAGUGAGUUUGGGUGAACCGGUAGUUAAGUUUUGUACUGAUCAAGUUGGAAGUUUGAGUGAAUUGGUUGUAAUUUGGUUUCUGUUGAUGAGGAAGAAAGUUUGGAUGAGUUACAGAUAUGUAUUGAUUUGGAAUAAUAUUUGAUGUGCUAUUUUGAGUAAGGAACAUUUUCAGAGAAGGCAUGUCAGAUAUACUUAGAUAGGAGUUGAGAUGUAUUGGAGCAGAUAAGAAGGAGAGGCAUGAGGUAUGAGAUACAGUUAGAUAGAUUAGAUACGGAUAGACAAAAAAAAAUUAAGGGUUAUGAGAGUAGCAUGAGAGAAAUUGAUAAUUAGGGAGAGAUUGGGGCUUGUAAAAUGAUACCUGUUAAAGAAAAACUGGGCAGAAUUACCUACUUACCUUUCAUACUGGUGCCUCUUCCCUGCGUGGCCUGGUGCCCUCUGCCAGUGCCACUCAUGACCCCCACCCACGCCAGGCACUGGGAGCGUGACCAGCCAGCUUAUUGGAAAGACUGGUGUGCUAGGGCUACUUAGAGGGCCUCUGUGCCAUGCUGUGCCACACUGGACUGUUUCUGUGACCAGCCCUGCCACCCUGGGUUGUCUCACGGCUUUGUAGAACUCUUCAUCACCACUCAGGCCAUCAUCACCCACCCCAUCGCUCACCCCGACACAUGCACCCCAUCACACGCGCCCAUCAUCAGUGUAUAAGAAAUCCCGGAACCCGCAGUUUUUAUGGAGCUUUUCAUAUGUCGGUUUUUAGUGACCAUUGUUGUAUACUCAUUUAAGAUGCCAAAUUAUAUAAGAAUUAUACUGG